AUGGAGCGAGCCCGCAGAGUCAUAUCAGACUCCGUAGCAUACGAACCUCUGGAAGACUCCGUGGACGACGAUACUAAUCCGGAACACUCUCAGUCCCAGCCGCGGUCUCGCUUUUCGCGGCUUGAAUAUGGCGUUUUCUUUCUUUUGGGAGUAAGCAUGCUAUGGGCAUGGAACAUGUUAUUAGCUGCUGCACCUUAUUUUCACCAACGCUUCGAGUCGAAUGAGUGGACUGCGACACAUUACCAACCCUCCAUCAUGUCUGUCUCGACGGUCACGAAUCUUAUUUCGGCAUAUACUCUCGCCAGAGUGCAGAAGAAUGUCUCUUACCCAUGGCGCGUGACGCUAGCGCUAUUGAUGAAUUGCUUUUUCUUCACUCUCCUUGCAAUUUCCACAAUCACAUUUGAAGGCGUUUCGGCCAAGGGAUACUUUGCCUUCCUGAUGGUGAUGGUAUGGGGUGCCAGCUUGGCUACGGGUAUCAAUCAGAAUGGAGUCUUUGCAUACGUUUCGAGCUUUGGCAGGGAAGAAUAUACGCAAGCAAUUAUGAGUGGCCAAGGUGUGGCGGGUGUGUUACCUUGCAUUGUCCAGAUUAUCUCUGUCUUGGUAGUACCCAGAAAAGCCAAGGGUGAUCACGGGUCUCAGGCAUUGUCACCGAAGUCUGCCUUCGGCUACUUCAUGACUGCCACUGGUGUAUCAGUGCUGACAUUACUGGCUUUUCUCUAUCUUCUCCGAACUCGUCCUGAUCUGCAGAUUAAGUCUACGGAGGAAGAAAAUGCAGCUCUAGUCGACGAUGACCGUGUGCAUGAUAAAACCGUGAGUUUGUGGACACUCUUCAAAAAGCUUCGAUACCUGGCCAUUGCAGUUUUUCUAUGCUUCACAGUCACCAUGCUGGCAUUCCCGGUUUAUACUUCAACAAUCUUCUCGGUCAAUGAUCCUGAGAAAUCACGGAUAUUCGAUCCGUCCGUCUUCAUUCCAUUGGCAUUCUUGUUCUGGAAUGUAGGGGACCUUCUUGGAAGGUUGCUCGUGGUUGUCCCUGGGCUAUCUCUUGGUCAUCGCCCGUGGGUCGCCUUUGUUUUCUCCGUUGCACGCGUCGGGUUUAUCCCGCUUUAUCUGUUCUGCAACGUGAAAGGCAAUGGGGCUCUUGUCUCGAGCGACUUUUUCUAUCUUUUCAUUGUGCAACUUCUCUUCGGAAUUACAAAUGGGUAUUUGGUUUCUAGCUGCAUGAUGGGUGCAGGCCACUGGGUGUCUCCUCACGAGCGGGAAGCCGCAGGUGGAUUUAUGAGCAUGAUGCUGGUCGGUGGUUUGACUGCUGGUAGCUUAUUGAGCUUCUUGGUGGCCAAUUAA